AUGGGCGGGCGGCUCGCAAACGCUCCCGUACCAUUCAAUCAAAAACAUCUGAUUAUUUUAGCGCCGAAUAAUCCACUAACGUUACUAAUAAUUCACUAUGAACACUUGAGAUUAUUGCACGCUGGCUGUCAAACUACGUUGGCAGUUGUAAGAACUCAGUAUUGGCCAUUGUCGGGCAAAAAUGCUAUAAAGAAAGUUCUGCGAAAAUGUAUAAAAUGUUGUAGGGCAAAACCAAUUGGAACAGAAUAUCUCAUGGCAAAUUUACAUUCGUCGCGGGUCACUCCGAGCAGGGCGUUUAAUACGACAGGAGUCGACUACGCUGGACCUUUUUAUAUUAUAGACAAAUUGCGGAGUCGCACUACGAUCAAGACCUACCUUUGCGUUUUUGUAUGCUUCGCAACGAAGGCAGUGCACCUCGAAUUGGCACGCGACAUUUCGACCGAUACAUUCAUGCACUGUUUACAACGGUUUAUUUCUCGCCGAGGUUUAUGUCAGGCUCUUUACUCAGAUAAUGGGACAAAUUUUGUAGGCGCGCGUAAUGAGCUUCCAGAACUGCAUGCAUUGUUAAUGAAUAAUAAUUUUCAACGAGAUGUACGUGAAUUUCUUGUAAAUCAACAGAUAUCGUGGCAUAUGAUUCCUCCCAAUGCGCCUCACUUCGGAGGUCUUUGGGAGAGCGCGGUAAAAUCCGCCAAAACGCACCUGUAUUGUGUAGUAGGAGACACACGUCUCACUUAUGAAGAACUUUAUACGGUACUCACGCAAGUUGAAUCUUGUCUGAACUCACGUCCUUUGAACCCGCUAUCCAACGAUCCUAACGACCUGAGACCUUUAACUCCUGGGCAUUUCUUAACUGGGGACUCACUUAAUGCCAUACCACAACCGGGUCUUCGUGAAAUUCCACGAAAUCGAUUAAGCCGAUACCAACACCUGCAACAAAUGCUGAAACAUUUUUGGCAGCGCUGGCAAAGGGUGUACCUCAGCCAACUACAAGAACGUCGUAAGUGGGCUCAGCCGGUAGACAAUCGCCUUCUACUGGGAACAAUGGUAGUAGUACGGGAUGAUGAUUUACCACCUCUAAAGUGGCAACUUGGAAGAAUCACAGAGUGUCAUCCGGGGCAAGACGGUACCAUCCAAGUAGUAUCCAUUCAAAUGGGCCAUUCUGUCCUUAAGAGACCUGUGUCCAAAGUAUGUAUUCUUCCCAUCGAUGAAUGA